AUGUCAUUGAACGCAGUAGUAUCUACGGGGAGAGGGGGUGCCGGAAAUAUGGUUGGCAAUCGAGUCGAAGCCGACAAGGCUGACGAAGUUAUUAUGACCGAGGAGGAAUUCAAGCGGUACAACAGCUCACAUCAUUUGAAUAGACACCAACACCAACACCAACACCAUCAUCAUGAUCACCACCAUGAUCAGGGGGAUGGCCACGACCAUAGUGGCAGCAACAGCCAUGGGACUGUAGGCCACAAGCCAAAUAAGGUAUAUGAGCCGACGAUAGACGAGGACAAGACGUACCACCAUGAUGCGACGGGGAAGAUAUAUGCGUCGUCUGGCCGUGGAGGAGCUGGGAACAUCACGAAGUUUGAGAAGCCGCCGAGUGCGUUAGUACAGGAUGGGGAGAGACAAGAGAUUGGGUUGAGUCCUGUGUUCAGUACAGGACGAGGAGGGGCCGGCAACAUACACAAGGCCGAUCGGGCGACCAAGACCAAGGUAACAUUAGAGAGUGAACUAAGUGAGCAGCUAUCUCCCAUACAUUCUACACCAUCGAGGAAGUCACGAGGUUCUAGAGGUGGGUGUGAGAAUGGGGAGGAGAGAGUUGGGUUUCUUGGUAAGCUCAAGAAGUUUUUCAAGUGA